AUGCAUGUAUUGGAUUUGCCAUAUAAUGUACUUGAUGAUAUAAUAGGGUACUUGAACCAAAGUGAUCUUGUAUCACUUGGAAGAACGAACAGGGUGUUCCACAGCAAGGUGAAUCAGAUGCUAUACAAGAGAAUUAUGAUAUUGGACUCGGAAGGACAUAAUGACCAGUAUAGCUUGCUAGAUGUUAGGAAUGUGGGACCAUUUGCCCGAGAAUUGACAAAAGAGAAUUUUCAGCUUAUAGAGAAGGUGGUGAUCCAUACACAGUCUAACUUGAUCGAAUACAACUAUAAGGAGUUGUACGACAGUUUUAUCCGCCAGUGGGAGAAGGUGAAGCAUCCGAUUUACUUUGUGAACUUGGACAUAAAUAAUUUGCGGAAAUACCAAUCGUUCAACAAUUACAUCAGUCAGGAGUCGAUUCAGUAUUCGGAGAACGAGGACGAACAGAGCUUUGAGGUGGACGUUCAGGAUACGAUUUUGAAUAACUUGACCAACUGGAUUGCCUUUGACAUUAACGAGCUCAUCAGUUUGCCGUACAAUCCGAGCUUGCGUCAUCUCAAUCUCUUCAUCGAGCAACUGUUUCUCCUUGACCCCAUUGAAAGAUUGAACCGCAAUGUUUUGAGGAAUAUGGAAAACUUGAAGGCGUUAUACUUGAAUCUGCCCAAGUCGACUUCGGUGUUCAUCAAGACGUUCCUGGGGAAGGUCAAGUUGAACUUGCGCAAGCUUUCGCUCUCGAGCUCGCACACAUUCAAGGCCGACUCGUUAUUGACGUUUCGGGAAGUGAGUCAAUUGGUCAACUUCCAGGAUUUGGAGGAGCUCGAAUUGAAAAUUAACUGCACCAACCACUAUUGCCCCAACGAAUGCAUGGUGCAAUUUUUCAGAGACUGGUUCUCGAGCUGCAGAGAUCCGUUGGCGUUGGCAAAAUUAGUGUUGAUCAACUUCAAGUCAAACCCACACACCGACAAUUUAUUGCAGUUCAACAAGUUGAUUGAAAAUGAGUUAUUCUGCUCGAUGAUCUCCAACUUGAGAGAAAUCUACUUGAAUAUUAACGACUUGACAAAAUUAACAUUGGAUAAUAAAUCAUCCUUAAACUACAAUAAAUUCUUCAAGAAUUUAUCCAGAUUACCCAACCUAGCAAAGAUAGUCAUCCCAGAUUUUUUUAACGACUGGGUAGUCAACUUGCCUCGCUUAUUCAAUAAGAGGACAAACUUCUUCGACUUGUUAGUCAACCAAUGUGACUGUAAGGUCUGUAAUGACACCAGACUUACAUUCAAUAAGCUUUCGACUCUUGACUCUAAGAACCACUUCCAGCAUGACUUUGAUAACUUCACGAACUCGUCCGCGGACUCCUCAAGCAUUCAGAUUGAUACCACCAGUGAGUCCAAUUUGAAAUUCUUGAACUACAUCGUCCGCAAGUUGAAGCAGCAGUUUAUUUAUUUAAACCAGAACCUAUACUCCAUCAAUUCAAUUUUGAAUUCUAAUGACAGACCAUUACUCAUCAAUCGUGAUUUAGAUCAAUUCAAGAAUUUGUUCUUGCAUUCUUGUUUAUUGAAUUUAAUCAAAUUAUUUAAGAUACAUAUACCUUCCUUGAGAUCUAUAAACUUAGGAGGUAUCCAAUAUUUAGUUCCAAAUUAA